AGUGAUGUCACAGCUUCAAUUAAACCUCCCAUUAGUGCCGGCAUCAAGUUUCUAAGCUCACACACCAUACUUUUCUUAGGCAUACACGCACUUUAUAUACUUUGCUUCCUAUUGCAUCUACCGUUUUACUGCUACAUUUAUUUGGUCAUCAAGCAUGAGCUCGGCCAUGCAUCUUACAAGACAUAGACCCGAGCCUUUGGCUUCAAGUCUAAACCUACAAUCUCACACAUUUGGACAACCUUAACCUCAAGUAAAACCUGAUACACACGUGCCAGGUCAACGUCACUCGAUAACCCCACCACAACACAGUUUUUCCAUCUUACACGUCUCAUCUCGCCAGUAAUUGGCUUCUUUUUUUCUAUUUUUCGAACAUUUGUGGUGAAUUCUCCCGAGACAGUAUCUCCCAACGCGUUUGCGUGCCCCUCGAAGAGUCUAAAUGACUAUGCAUCCUAUCGAACUCGACAAACCGUCUAAGGCGCCAAUAGACGCUGGGGCAUCUGAAGAGAUCCGGCUUCACUUACACGAUGUAGAGAAUGACGGUCACCGUGGGACUAUUGUCCGGGACGAGCAAGGCAAUCUGGCAUUUCCUAGUUAUGUACCUCCCGAUGUCGAACAGCCCACAUCACGCCCGAGAGCUACAUCGGAAGGUAUUCCAGAUCGCAGUAAAGCCCCCGACCUAGCUGAAGGCCCUAAAAAGACUAAGUCGGAUUCUGUAGCUGGGCCGCUCCCUAAACUGCCAAAGUCUUCUUCAUUCACCCAUCGCCGGAAAGCACAUCGAUCGUCGACAUUCUCCGCGCUUCCUCUUAUGAAACGUGCUAAAUCGAAUUUGUCGGCAUUUGACACAGCACUACGAGGUGGUUGGAAUCGUGACGACGAUGAUCAUGAUUAUACCGAUGAUUCGUCUCGUUCGUCGUCAGAUGCAGAAGAUAGUGAGGCGAAUGCUGACGGGCAUGCAAGCCCGCCAAAGAGAAAACCGAGACGAAAACGCCCCGAUGACAAGUUCCGACGUUUUCGGGUAGUAAAUGAUCUCUACCACACGAAAGGUAAAGUGUCAAAGAGGGACGGUCGAUUAAGUAUCACGGUGAAUGAUACCAGUAGUACCGGAUACCUAGCAAAGGCUCUCGGCACAGCCGUCAAAAAGAUCGUGCCCCAGAAAAGCACCGAAAUCAGGACAGACCAGCGGCCUACCCCCACACGAUUAUCAUCGGCCACUACCGCGGCAUCAGAAAAAUCCAGACGGCCGAAACUGAACAUAGUCAUCAUGGUUAUCGGCUCGAGAGGCGAUGCGCAACCUUUCUUAAAGAUAGGCAAAGUCCUUAAAGAAGAAUAUGGUCAUCGCGUCCGGAUCGCCACUCAUCCUGCAUUUCGGGAUUUUGUGGAGAAAGACUCCGGGUUGGAAUUCUUCUCCGUCGGUGGUGAUCCAUCAGAGUUGAUGGCUUUUAUGGUCAAGAACCCUGGUAUGAUCCCCACACUCGAGACAGUGAGAGCUGGGGACAUUGGGAGGAGACGCGCUGCUAUGGCUGAGAUGUUCGACGGGUUCUGGCGAGCUUGCAUCAAUGCAACUGACAAUGAAAAGGACAUCAAUAACGUUAAGAUGAUGGGCAAGAAAGAUCCAUUUGUUGCAGAUGCCAUCAUCGCGAAUCCGCCUAGUUUCGCUCACAUUCAUUGCGCAGAAGCUUUAGGAAUCCCUUUACACCUCAUGUUUACCUUUCCUUACACACCAACGCAAGCUUUUCCUCAUCCCCUCGCGAAUAUAAAGAAGUCCAACGUAGAUCCAGGAUACACCAAUUUCAUUUCUUAUCCUCUUGUUGAGAUGAUGGUUUGGCAGGGACUCGGAGAUCUCGUCAACAGUUUCAGGGUGAAAACUUUAGGACUUGAUCCAGUAUCAACUCUUUGGGCUCCUGGCGCGACGUACCGUCUUCACGUUCCGGUUACAUAUUUAUGGAGUCCUGGACUAGUACCUAAGCCUGAUGACUGGAGCGAGGAAAUUGACGUUUCGGGCUUCGUCUUCCUUGAUCUCGCUUCCUCUUUCGAGCCUCCCAAGGAUCUUAUCAACUUCCUCGACAAUGGUGAGAUGCCAAUCUAUAUUGGCUUUGGAUCUAUCGUAGUUGAUAAUGCCGAGCGGUUUACCGAGAUGAUCUUUAAUGCUGUGAGAUCAGCUGGAGUCCGCGCCUUGGUGUCGAAAGGUUGGGGUGGUUUGGGCCAAGAUUACGUUCCCGAAAACAUCUAUAUGGUCGACAAUAUUCCUCACGAUUGGCUCUUCCCACGUGUUCGAGCUUGCGUCAUUCAUGGCGGUGCUGGUACCACAGCUAUUGCACUCAAAUGCGGCAAACCCACUAUGGUUGUACCCUUCUUUGGUGACCAAUACUUCUGGGGCUCCAUGGUUGGCAAUGCGGGAGCUGGGCCGGCACCAGUACCAUACAAGAAGUUAAAUGAAGAGAGAUUGGUAGAGGGCAUCCGGUUUUGCAUGACUAACGAAGCACUCGAGGCAGCACAGAGAAUCUCUAGGUCCAUUGAACUUGAAGGCGACGGUGCUAAAAACGCUGUAAGAGCUUUUCAUCGCAGUCUGAAUCUAUCUGGUGAAAAUUCAAUGCGAUGUUCUAUCCUUGACGACCACGUCGCAGUUUGGAGGGUUAGGCAUACCGAUCUCAAGCUCAGUGCGCUAGCAGCCGAUGUUGUUGUUAACCAUGGCUUGAUACCUUGGCGUAAACUACGUCUCAUGAGGCAUAAAGAAUUCAACGAUUUUGAAGGCCCGGGUGAACCUAUCACUGGAAUCGUCGCUUCACUUGUCGGAACCGUUGGCAACGUUUUUGCAGGAAUAGGUAGUGUUCCGUACAGAUUAGCAAAGACGUCAAACAGAAGGGCCGAAAAAAGAAAAAAGAAAGAAAAAAGGACGCGACAAAGGCAAGAAGCACGAGCCGGACAUUCGGUUGGAUUUCCGUUCGAGAAUGCCUCAAGCUCAACAGCAACUACACCUGCGUCGGCGCCCCUUCAGCACUCCCACGAAGAGUACCUGAAUGACGUAGAAGAAGGCGCGGGGAGAACAGGGAGAGCUUUAGCUCAUGCCCCUGUCGAUCUUUUCUUAGCUCUAGCUCAGGGCUUUCACAAUGCACCUCGACUAUAUGGCGACGACACCGUGAGACGUCCGAUCCGCGUCACGGGAAUACGGUCAGGAUUGAAGGCAGCGGGCUACGAAUUCGUCUAUGGACUCUACGAUGGUUUCACUGGGCUUGUGCGAUUACCCAUCCGCGGCGCUAAGGAGGACGGUAUAAGGGGCGCGAUAGCCGGUGUUGCCAUGGGACUUACAGGUUUCGUGCUUAAAGACAUCGCGGCGUUGAUCGGACCUAUCGGUUAUACUCUCAAGGGAAUCGCUAAGCAGUGCGAACGAGGGAAACAACCUAUCAAGUACCUACGUCGCGCACGAAUCAUCCAGGCACAACGAGAACUUUCUGCUCUGACUGAGGCAGAGCGCAAGAUAAUGGUUGAAACUGUUCUUAAAGGGUGGCAAGUUCUUCGUGACCUGGCGGUUUUGAUAAUGCUAGAAAGGGAAAGAAGACAGUUUAUACCUCGUUUCAACAAUAAGCAGAGUGGGAAUUCUAAGGAUAACAAAUCGCUAACCAAGUACGGCAAGGGACUCGCCUUUGAGAGUGUUACAGCCGCAGAGAAAGCCAUCGAGGCUAUUGCGCAGGGAGAGAGUAUCGACGCCGUACUUAAGAAGCGUGGGAAACCUUUGGAUUCAUUGAAAACGUCUACGGAUGAGGAAACAAGUCAGGACGUCAUUAUGAACUCGGCUCAUGGAGAAAGUAAUGAAGAUACCCAUCGAUUGGACCGGAGUGAGGAAAAUACCGUUAACCUCCAUUAGAGGUUCGGAUCCUGUGCGAGGAAGACUGGGUGGCUAAGGGGAUGAGCCGGAGUAACUUCGUAAUGUCGCCCACAAAUGAGCACGCUGUCUAUUAUCGUCGCAUUCUCUUUUUGAAAGCCUUUAGUGUUUAACGUGCCAUGACUUCGCAUAAUAGUCAAAUAAUCGACAUCGGGGGAGGGGAGAUAUGGCGUUCGCGUUCUUUUGGACCAAGCAACGAUGCUACGCAUCCGGUAAUGAGUUACAACGAUAUUGAUAUACAUUUAGAUUAAAGGACUCCAGGGCUGCAUAAUAAUAAUAAUCGAUACCC